ACCAGACCGGAAGGUCCAACGAUACAGACCGGACCAGAGGGUCCAACGAUUCAGACCGGACCGGAGGGCCCAACGAGCUACGAGACUGGAGGGUCCCGCUGAGACACAUCGACCGAAGGGUCGUACCGUAGCCUCGAGUGGCGUAUUAGCGAGGACCGUGGGAAGGCGCCGGCGUGACCCGUACACACUAAAGGAGGGAUUUUAUUUCGUGAUCUUGGGAUAUGUUAUGUUUUGA